AUGCUGCCUUAUCGUAGUCCAGAACCAGCUGAACAGAAGCUCGAGAGCAAUGACAUCGUUUGCGGGGGAGACCCGGCAACGCCAAGCCCUUCAACACCAACGCGUGAAAAACAGUCUCCGCAUCAUUUAACCAUCUAUCACCACCUACAAUGGGAGCCCCCCCACUACCGCAAGAUCGAGCUCCAGUCUCCAGCAGACUUUACAUACCUCUAUGCCAACACAGUUGCACUCUCCCGCCAAAAACUCGACUUGAAUUUACCCCCAUCCGCAUCAAACGAUGACACUCCAGAUCCUAUGCGCGAACGCGUAAGGGAAUUAGUAGAUGACUACAUAACCCGUACCUUCACAACCGCAUCUUCCUCAAUCAGCAUUAAUGGCAUCGACUCCUCCCACCCUCAAUUCCCCUUCCCAGCUUCCUUCACCGCACCUGAAACAGUCGAGUAUGAGCCCUUUGAUUCGGAGCUUGCCUCACGCGUCUCAGCUCUCUAUGCACAGCUUGAGUCUCUUACUACGACGGUAGCGCAGCUCCGACGGGAUGCACCACGACAAGCUGCAAAGUCAUACGCAACUCAGUUAAGGCAACUCCUUAAAGAAGAGGGUGAAGAAGAUGAGGAGGAAGAUAAUGAUGUGGAUGAAGGUGCUGAGAAUACAAAUGAGAAGGAUAAUGGGGCGAUGGAUGUGGAUGAGAAUGGUGAUGGUUCAUCGAAUCAGAAAGAUGGGAAGCAACCUACUGGAUCUAGUCGGUCGCGAAGAUCUCGACGGGAUCCAGAGUGGGAGUUGCAGAUUCCACUAGGGACUCGUGAGGAGACGGAACGUUGGCGGAGUGGGGAUAUGGCGGAUGUGUAUGAGAAUACUUUAAGAACGUUGCAGCGCCUGCAAGGCGAGGCGGAUGCGGACGAAGAGGGAUCAAAGGGCAAUGCGUUGGCCACGACAGUUGGAAAGGCCGAGAGGGCUGGACGGGCAGCUGAUGUGGUGGAGAAGAUGUGA